AUGACUGCAGUCGAAUACGCCCAGCAGCUUUCGCUUCUUGAAGGUGGUUCAUCAUUGAAACGCCAACGAGAGGACACGUCUGCGCCCUCCCCCGCCGUCGUAAGUGGCUGCGGUCGGACUUUGAACUUUGGUUCAGCCACGCGUCCUGCUACUCCCGCGGCUCCUCGCGUCGUCCAAACGACGCUCAACCAACAGUCGGGGCCGACGGAGUCCAUCAUUCGUCAGGGUACCGAUCUCACUACGGAACUCGUCGAUGACACUCUUGGAGACAACGAUAGGUUGGCCACGAUGUUCGACAUGGAACCUGUCCUUCACAAGUACACGGACGCGGACGCGGACGUUGGCGAACGUAUCAAGAAUGCACCAGAGUUGUACAUUCUGAGAGGUCUUCUCGAAAGAGUUGGGUGUCUCCUCUACGAUAAAGGCAUAUUCCCGGAAACCGUGAAGUCACAGGGGAAACGAAAGGGUUUCAGACUGUAUACUCGUAACGGGGACUUUGCCAACUUCGUCCGCGUCGUCUACAUCAAACUCGUGGAAUUCAUCAUCCCGAAAGAUAUCAAGAUCGAGGAGGAGGGGGAGAACUACAAGACUGCCAUCCGUACUAUGAACAGCGAAAUCUUUGCUGAUCUCCGUCCGUGCAUUAACACGUACAUCACGCAGGGGUACAUUCGACGCGGAAUCAUCGAAGAUGGCGUCGUCUUCUACUAG